GCCCGCGCUCUUUAACCGCAUCUCACUUCCUCCCUCCAUCCGCUCCGCACCCCUUCCCUCGCCGCCCAACACUCUCCACUCACUCCGCCCCCAAAAUGUCCGACGAUGAGCAGCACAACCACCAGUUCGAGGAGGCCAACGCUGGGGCGUCCCUCACGUUCCCCAUGCAGUGCUCGGCGCUGAGGAAGAACGGGCACGUCGUCAUCAAGGGCCGCCCGUGCAAGAUCGUCGAGAUGUCCACCUCGAAGACGGGCAAGCACGGUCACGCCAAGGUCCACCUUGUCGCCAUCGACAUCUUCACCGGCAAGAAGCUUGAGGAUAUCUCCCCGUCCACCCACAACAUGGAUGUGCCGCACGUCAAGAGGGACGAAUACCAGCUCGUCAACAUCGACGAGGGAUUCCUCAACCUGAUGACGUCCGACGGUACCCCCAAGGACGAUGUGAAGGUCCCCGAGGGUGAGCUCGGUCAGGAGAUCGAGGCUGCCUUUGAGGACGGCAAGGACGUUCUGGUCACCAUCGUUAGCUCGAUGGGUGAGGAGCAGGCGAUCUCCUGGAAGGAGGCCCCCAAGGGUGCCGGUGCUUAGAGUGGCCCGCCCCCUUCUCCGCCCUUGUACAUGGAUGUGUGUGGGGAGAUACGCGUGAAGGCUCGCCUCGUUACCGUCGGAAGACACGUUUCGUUACUGUCGGCAGACACGUUUCGUCACCGUUGGAAGACACGUCACGACCGCCCUGGGCAGGCUUGUAUCGCGGCACUGCGGCCUUCGUUUUUCGUGUACUCUCGUGUUGUUCACUGUGGAAGCAGAUGUAUGUAUCGUGUAAUGUAUUCCGCUGCCGCCCAAUGAGUGUAUGUGCGCGUGUACAGAGAAGCUCGCAGGGUGUGUGCGUGUCAUCUGAAGUUUAGUCUUCUCCGCUGAG